AUGAAAGGUGUACUCUUUGCAUUAUACGCCUUCACAGUUCACUCUUCACAGGACGUUACACAGUACAAGCUAUCUAUAAAAAGGGGAAAAUUACACCUUAUAGGAAAGUGCAGGCCAACAGGGUUCUUCGUUCUAAACUUCUGGUUUUUAUCGACUUCAAAGAUAAACCCAGUGCAGCAUUCGUUUAGAACCUACCACCAGGUGCAGCAGCGGUUGAAUGAGAAGAAAAAAUCGCUCGAAUGGGGGCGAAAGAAGAUUGGUGAACACCUAAAUCCAAUUACAACAGCACUUUCUGUAGCUCCCCUAGAAUUACUUUCCCUCAUAGUGUGCGCUUGUAAAGACGAAUAUGUCCGCAACUGGAAGUGCAGAAAGAGUCAUGGUUGCAAUAUACAGCCAAAUAUGCUUAUUUAC